UCAAUUGAUUCUACCGUCAUCGAACGGUACAAAAUAAUGAUGAUCACGAUUCAUUUCGUGCAACUUGUGAGUAUAUGGGAAAAUCGUAUUGCCGUUACUUUCACGCAGUCAACUCGACGUCUUUUCCCGGUUGUGGAAUAUACUAUGUAG